AUGCUACUCUCAGAUAGAAAUAAAAGUGAGGCAACGUUCACCCUUUUGGGCUUUUCAGAUUAUCCAGAUCUGGAAAUCCCACUCUUCUUGAUUUUCCUGGCCAUUUACAGUAUCACUGUGGUAGGGAAUAUUGGAAUGAUUGUCAUAAUCAAAAUUAACCCCAAAUUGCACAUCCCCAUGUACUUCUUCCUCAGCCAUCUCUCCUUUGUGGAUUUCUGCUAUUCCUCCAUUGUUGCUCCCAAGAUGCUGGUGAACCUACUUGCAAAAGACAGAAGUAUUUCACUUUCAGGAUGCAUGAUACAAUUCUUUUUCUUUUGUACAUUUGUGGUAACUGAAUCCUUUUUAUUAGCAGUGAUGGCCUAUGACCGCUUUGUGGCCAUUUGCAACCCUCUACUCUACAAAGUCUCCAUGUCCCAGGAGCUCUGUGCCAUGCAACUGCUGGGGUCAUACGCAUGGGGUGUCUCAUGCUCCCUGAUACUGACAUGCUCUGCCUUAAAAUUAUCUUUUCAUGGUUUCAGCACUAUCAAUCACUUUUUCUGUGAAUUCUCCUCAUUGCUUUCCCUCUCGUGCUCUGAUACUUACAUCAACCUUUUGCUGCUUUCCAUUCUUGCCACGUUUAAUGAAGUGACCACAUUGCUUAUCAUUCUGCUCUCCUAUGUGGUCAUUUUUGUUACCAUUCUCAAGAUGCAUUCAGCCAGUGGGCGCCGCAAAGCCUUCUCCACCUGUGCUGCACACCUGACGGCCAUCACCAUCUUCCAUGGAACCAUCUUAUUCCUAUACUGUGUGCCCAACUCUAAAAACUCUUCGGACACUGUGAAAGUGGCCUCUGUGUUUUACACAGUGGUGAUUCCUAUGUUGAAUCCCCUGAUCUAUAGUCUGAGAAACAAGGAUGUCAAGGAUACAGUUGGAAAAAUAUUGGACACUAAAGUUAUUUCUUAUUAA